UUAAAAUGCGAUCAUCCGUGAUAACCAAUGUGAUUGUACUGUUUGGACUGCAUUUGUCGUAUUGGUGUUGGAACACGGUAGAUGCCAGCGGCGGGGCACUCGACACGAGCUCGAACUUUCAAUCUGGUUCAACAGGAAGCUCACAUUCCAAAGUCACGGCAUUCUCCGCGACACUUACCGAUGGAUUAGCGCAAGCCGUGGCUCACGAAGCUGGUUCCGAUACUUGUAACGAUGACCUAGCUUGUCUUACACUGGCUUCUCAUGAUCGACUAGGUUUAGAAGCUAUCAAAUCACUCCACAGUCAACUAGAUGAUGAUGCCAAUGGAAAUGUGGAUCUUUCAGAGUCAGAUGAUUUUUUAAGAGAAGAGUUACAAUAUGAAGCUGGGUAUGAAAGAAGACAGAGGGCUUUCCAUCAUAAUGAUGAUAUGCAUAUUAGUGUUCGAGAACUUUGGGAAGCCUGGCUAAGGUCAGAGGUUCAUAAUUGGACUAUAGAACAAACAUCAGAAUGGUUGGCUUCUAAUGUAGAUCUUCCACAAUAUGUUCCUACUUUUAUACAACACCGUGUAACUGGUGCUACACUUCCAAGAUUGGCUGUGAACAAUAUGCAAUACCUAAGUAAUGUGUUAGGGAUCAAGGAUCCCAUUCAUAAACAAAAAAUUGCCUUAAAAGCUAUGGAUGUAGUUCUUUUUGGGCCACCAAAGGAUACUGGACAUGGCGUCAAAGAUUUGGUAUUAAUAACGUUGUUAUUCGGAGCGCUUAUCGGAUGUUGGUAUGCAUAUCAGCAGAAGAAAAAUUCACAGAAACAUCUCCACAGAAUGAUGAAGGAUAUGGAGAGUUUACACAAAGCAGAAUUGGCAUUGGAGGACUUGCAAAAAGAAUUGGAGAGAGCACGAAUGGAACAAGAAAGUGUAACUACUGAGAAACAAAACUUAGAGAAACGUUUACAAGACGAAAGUGUGGGAUUGCACGCUUCUUACUCCGAUCUCGAAGUUUCUCAAUUGAAGGCAGAAAUAGAAAUGUUAAAAGUUGAAUUGCAACGUGCAGAGGGUGAACUCGAAGAUAGAUGUUGGUCUCCUCCUCCUGGAUUGCAACAUUGGUUACAAUUAACUCACGAAAUUGAAAAUAAAGCAUAUACCAAGAAAAAGAUAUCUGCAGAGAAACAGUUGCAACAAGCGCGAGAAGCAUGCGAGAAACUACGAAAAAAACGAUCGAGUUUAGUAGGAGCGUUUGUUUCAACUCAUGGAAAAUCGAUCGAUGAAGUUGACAAAAGUAUAGUUGAGGCAAGAACUGCUCUAAACGAAGUCACCGCAGAAUUGCAAGAAAGAGUACAUCGUUGGAAACAAAUUGAGCUGCUUUGUGGCUUUAAUAUAAUCAAUAAUAAUGGUCUAAGUUAUUUAGAAACUGUUCUAUACAGAGGAACUCCUAACGGUCGAGGUCUUGGACUCAGAGGUCGACUCAGUAGUCAAGAUGACUUAGACGACGAAGCAAGUUCAGUCUACUCGCCUUCAACAUGUGGUGCCGCAGGUACACUAGACAGCCUAAUGUGGAAGGAGUCGUCGGUUCCUCCAGACUCAUCCAGCAGUGAAACCGGGAAGGAUACACCACCAGAGAGUAACGUUGUACAUUUCACCGUCGGCGAUGGUCCCAUCGAGCCCGUCAGAGCAUCCAGCAAAGAGAAAUCCCAUAUCGUGCGUUCCUACAGUCAAGACACGAGCAUGCCUCUCGCCGUCGAGGACAAGACUACCUCAUCAUUCCUGUCGAAGUCGUCUUAUUCAGAGAAUUCGUUGGAUUCGUCGAGCCAAGAUCGAUCAGGGCAGCAAAAAAUUGGUCCGACGUCCGCGACGACCGCCAGUACCACCAGCAUCAACUCCACAACAACGACGGGCACAUCGAGCAGCAGCAGGAAAGCGCUGAAGGAGCCGCAACAACAGUCAACGGUGGACGACGAGACGUUAUCGACGGACUCGAACUCGACCACGGACAACGACGAGUUGAAAAAACGACGCCGGAAGAUGCUGUUCACGUUCAGGAGGAACAAGACCAAGGUCACGUUAUGAAGCCCCCUAGUCAACAUAGCAUACACUAUAUAUCUGUGUUGUAACGUUCUUACUUAACGCUAACUCACCUGCGAUCGAUUAAUUGUGUCACUACGAGCCGCAACGUGCACUUAAAACAUGAUGAAAACGACUUGUCUCCGCGAACCGGUUGAUCAUUAAUUAGCGAUUAGAUACUGCCGGUACAUAUACGUAUACGUACAUACAGACACAUAUUAUCUGUACACACAAAUAGAGGGACAAGUAUAGUUUGGUGGAACAUCGAUGACUUCCCUUCGUUGACCCUUUGGUCUGUAUCAAAUCGGACGUUGGCAUUUAAUCUCGCUUCUACACAAGCCCGAUGCUAUUGAAAUUGAUUGUACGAGUUUGAGAGCUUCCAUCGUGUAUUGCUGUAUCGCAGAAGGUACGUAGAAAAACAGGGGAAAUUAGAAAGUAUCGUAUGAAUUAUGGAAAUGGUACUUACUCUUCAGUAAACUCUUGAUGGAAGAGCAUUCAAAUACGACUUAGAGGUUCGUUACUUAGUCAAUCCAGUUUCGGUAGUUUCUCGGUACUGUAUGUAAUUAGCGUCGAAGCUCCUUGUAAUAUAAAUAUCGUAAACAGACGCAGCUACGAACGUUCAAAUCUUAUUAGAUUUUGAAAAACGUAGCUGCCUCUUUGCAAUUUGUACAUUAAUGUAUGAUACAAGCAUAAGGAAGGGAUUUUGUUAAGGAAUUGUACAGUAUGAGCUUGACGCAUAACGAAAUUGAUUAUGCCAGUGUCUGAUUAAUUAUACAAUAAUAGUAGUGUCACGGUUUAAAGAAGCGUUAGUUAAGUAAGUCUAAGAAAGCGAGAAAAACACACCUAACGGCCAACGAUGGAGAGAUAGAUAAUUCUGAGAGUUAGAAGCGAUGUUCCGCUCUGCUACUGUCGUGUAGAAUGUUUUUGGUGCCCUGCUGUGUCUCCUGUUCUGCCAAAUCUUCGUUCUGCUCGCAACGAGACACCAUCAAGCGACGUCCAAUUUAGAUAGCUAGAUUUUUAAACUCGCGAAAUUCUUUAAUCACGACAAUAUUUUGGCUCAGGGAUGGGCGAUCUUUUCUCUAUAUCCGUGUACUUUCCUUUCAAUUUCAGGUAGAAUGGUAUACCGACAGCUCUCUGUCUCAUUCAUUGUAACUUAAAUUGAGCUUCUUUUUCGCUGGAACGUUCCUUUAAUUUCGCCUUUGUGUUCCACUGAAUAGUAUCCAGCAGAUGUUCACUUUUCGAUUAGUCUCUCUGAAAUAAAAGAAUCUCAAUUUUAAAUAUUUAUAAUAAAUAUAAAUUGUCUUUGGAUUAAGUUUUGUAGUAAGUUAUGGCAGUGAAAAUUGAUCUUUGAACAGCUACAAUGAACACGAUAUUUUACAAUCUCUAACAACGUAUUGACCUCUUCUUUGAAACAGUGGAAAUACUUUACUUGGUCCAUUCCUAUUCUUUCGUGCAUUUUCAUUCUUAAAAAUAUUUCGAACGCCAGUAAAACAAUGAAUGAAGUUCUAGAAAGAUUUCAUAAUCGAUUACGAUUUAUAAAAAUGUACGUUCCUCCGAUGUUUCUCCAUGACGAUACUCGGCCUAAGUAAUCAUUAAGCGAAAUCUACUAAGAAAGAAGUUUCUGUCGUAUCUGCUUUAAAAAGUUCUUCACUUUUUGACUAUAAUUCACGAGUCCAGUAUUAUAAUUCUAACAUAGAUUUUUAUUUAAAGAAAAAGAAAAGCGAUCGCUCAUUCCUAGAUCCAUCGUGAUUUGUUUCUCUCGCGCAAAAACACGAAAUUCUAGCGUACUGAAGCUUUCGUUCUUUUUUUUUUUUUGUUUCUUUUUCAAUCGAUGUACUAGUGGUAGUCGUUAAAUGUAAAUCUUCUUUCCGUUUUCUUUUGUCCUUUCUCUCUUUUAUUUUUCGAAUUCAUUGUUUUUUUGGCCCCUACAGUACAGGUCCAGCACAAAUUCUUCCUCUUCGCCUUCCGGUUUUCUUAAUGUACACUUAAAUAUCGCGAUCUCACACACUUUAUCAUCUUUUAUCUUUGCUUUGCGUUUUGCAAAUUACGAUUGCCCUCUAUCUUUCUUCGUAUUACGAUGAGUUAUUAUAUCCUUCUUUAUCCAAAUGUAUCUUUAUUUCUUGAGAAACAUGCGAAAUUUAAUGACGAUAUCUUCCAUUUAAUCGCCUUCGGUUAAAUAGCACGAAUAUCAAAUUUCAUUGUUGAAUUUUGUAUAUUUGUAAGGAGCAGAGCUCUGUUCUAAAAUGGGCGAUAAUAAGAUAAGAGAAUACCUAAAAUAUCUUUAAUUAUUAAGUCAUCCCACGAGUAAGGUAACGUUUUUAAUACUAUCUUCUUAAGAACACAAGUAUCUCAAAUAACAAUUGAAAGAGGAUUUGGAGUUGAUCAGAUUUCAAGUAUCUUCCAAAGUAUUUGAAUUUUGGGUAAUUCUCAUUUUUUACAAGUAAAGUUGUUCACCUAACUGCAGUAAACCAUAAUAUUAGUCCCUUGUUUGAUAAAAUUCAUACUUGUGGAAUGACAUAAUAACAAAUAAUCAUAAAGAGAUUUAGGACACUCAUCCUUCGAGGUUCAUGAAGAUUUGUAAAUAGAAUAUCGUUGAAAUGCAAUAAUCAUUAAGAUGUCUCUGUUUUUCUUCCUAUACGUGACUUUACACGAUAAUGUUUGCAAGUAUUACUAGGUUUAACACUACGAAUAAAGCUCACGAAUCUCAAAGGAAAGAGAGGAAGAGAACUAGCAUGAAAACUGACUUUUGUGCUUGCCUUGUACCAUAUAGAGAAUCAUUAGUUAAAAUUAUUUGCAGUCUUCCAUGAAUCAUAAAAGAGUAUGUAAAUCGUGGCAUUUUAUCGUCGCGUUUUUGUUUCAACUUGUGCGCCGUUUAUUCUUCUUUUUUCUUUCUUUUUUCAAACGUCUCGUUCAUAGUAUUGCGACACCUGUUGUACUUCACCUUUUAGUGUUUAGACGAUUAUGGUCUGCCUGAAAUCAAUUAGUCGUUCAAGGCCAUCGAAUAAUCUCUAUUGUUUCAUAAACUUUAGAAUUUGCGAGACUUCCUUUAUUACAUUAUUGUACGUUCAUCAUUAUAAUAGUGGAGAACACUAUUACACGGAUUAUCUAGAAAUCUGAAAGCUUAGAAUAUUAUUAGUACAGAAUGGAAAGCACUAUUUAACUCCCUUUGUGACAGCGUUGAAAAAUUAUUGAGAUAGAGGUUUAACGAGGAGGAAAGGGUACGAUGAUUCAUAAUUAAGAAAGUGACCUUAAGUGACUGACUGUUUUUGGUCAGACUGUAGAAUUAACUUAUUAUCGUUUCCUCGUCGUACACAUAAUUCUUUACAGUUGUCACGCGUGGCAACGAAUAUACAAUACAGGACGAAGUGAUUUCUUCCUUUCUUAUCAUAUUUUUCUCACUUUAUGUAUAUACACUGUAUAUGUACGUAUAUACAUUAUGUACACACACACAUGCACACACAAGUAUGCCGUGUACAUAUAAACGUAGAAGCUUAAAAGCGGUGAGGCUGGAACUCUCUGAAACUUAUACCAUGUAAAGAAGGAUAGUGCGAUAAGAUUUAAACUCGAGUAUUAAAUCGACCAUUAUCGUGCGAAGCUACUGUCACAGACAAUUUUGAUAAGUGUCAUCGCCCUCGCCUUUUUGUUUCACUUGUUCUUCCAAAAUGCCUGCACGAUUAAUCGACCACUUUCGCUUGAUCUUCUCUCUUGUGCUACCCGAUGUUUUUAAUAACGCGCGUUUAUUUUGUUGUGCAUCUUUACCUGGACCCAAGAGCAGUGGAUUUCGUUCGCUAUUUUGCGGUAUUUCUACGUGUAUCAUGAAAUCCCUUCCUCUUGUUUCUCCCUUAUUCGUUUUCCUUUUCACGCGACGCGCAUUCCUCUUGCCAGCUUAUUGUUCCAGAUGACGCUUAUUUCGCUCCUCUCCUAACUGGCAAACUGACACAUUUGUAUCUCAGGGCUAGUCUCAGUUUCUUUUUCUGAUCACGAUAACGUACUAAUUAUGAGUACGAUCAUGAGUGUGUUUUUCGGGGGCAUCUCUCUCUACCUGUAGAGGUACACACGUUUGAAUAGACAUCGCGCGACCCUCUGGACGAGUUACUUAGGGACGUAUUAUAAGAGAGCAAUAGGCGAAGCGAUCUGACGUUCAAUGGACCAAGUUCGAUUAACGUUAUGUAGCGUUACGUGAAAAAUAAGAAGAGGUAUAGUUGCAAGCAUCGAUAGUUGGAACGUUCUUCUAGGCUCAAUCAUAGUAUUAUAGAAUAGUAGCAUCAGGGAAGAUUGUCGUAGUUAAGAAUUUAAACAAACUUUUAUCUUGAACGAGAUAUCACAGCUUGCGAGGGCUUCCGUAUAUGUAAAAAUACAGCCGUAUAAUUGUAUCAAUUUUAUCGUAACACACUGUUUACCAAUUAUACAAAUCUGCCAACUUUAUCAUCACAGUAGUAUCGUUGUUAAAAUGCUUGAGAGAAAAUGGUCCAAACUCUAUUCAGAAUACACUUUUUCGAUGUUUGAAGAUCUAGAUAACGAAACUGCUAGGUAAACGUUGCGUUAAAUUUCAAAAAGUGUGUAUCCGUUGAUUCAUCUGCAGUCUUCUACAGCAGAAAAGUUUUUUCAAAAAUACCUUUCUUCUUUAGGUUGUAUCCGAUUGUUUCGCGAAAAAGUUUUAUCUUGGAAUGAAAUCAAUUUUCCUAUAGUUAUACGAUGCAUUACGUUCGAUUAAAAACUCAAGACUGCAAUGAAUUAAUAAGUGAGAAAAUCUUACAAUAGCAAUAUGUAACACGUGUGACACUCGUGUUCCCCAGCAGAACUGAAAAAGAAAUAUUGUUAAUAUCUGAUGUAUAAAUCAUGUUUCCCUUUGUCGGGAAUGCUAUGUUCUCCAAACGAAAAGAAACAAGAAAAAAAGAAGAAAGAAGAAAGAAGCUCACUCCCACGAUUUAAGUCGUUGAUCAAACCGCGUGACAUCUUUAUGGUUGUAUGAUUUAUCGUAAGAGCUGACAUACGAAAUAAAAGCAAAGGUCAAUUUUAACUAGCUCUUUGCGACGUUCUUCUCGUGCAAACCGUAAAUUGUAUUCCCUGCGUGAAAACUGGGAACCUUUCUCGACUGGGAAGAGAAAUCACAGGCCGUCCGAAAAAUCGUGUACCGUCCUUGUAAGGCGAGAUUCUCUUCUCGUCUGUUGCAAUAUCGAGCACGAUUUAUGCGAUCGUAGAACGAUUUAUUCGUAUGAAUUUAUAGAAUGAUAAUUGGAAGAUGUAAUACGACUAAGUUCAUUGGCUUCUCCUUUCAAUGUUUCCGUUCCAAGAGACUCGGACGAACGCAGAGUCGUCGAGAACUAUGCAGAUACAUCAUUGAUCACUGACAAUUUCUGUGAGAAUAAAAUGUGUCAGCUUCGUUUUAACGUGUUACUUCGUGAUCGACCCAUUAAGUACCAGCUUUAAGAUGGUUUGCCAGGUUGUGAAUAUUCUAUGUAUCAUAUGUGCCCCUUUCAAUAGUCUUCUCGUUCUCUUCGAACUGUUCUAUGUAGUUCUUAAGCGAACGUAAUAUAACGUUAACCAUUCCUACAAAUAAUUAAUAGCUGUUGAGAAUUCGUAAUAACUUGUUGGAAAGAUAGUAGCGAUUAAAACGAUGAGAAUAUCUUAGAAAAUUCUUAAAAGUGAAGUACUGUGAAUAUAUGUACUUUAUAGUUAAAAAUAAAAGUAUAUUAUAUACACUGACUUAUUGUUAGCUUGAGUGGUAGAGUCUGGCCGUUUUUCUCUCUUCGAUUUUUCGUCAAUUCUUCUGACGUACGUGGUAUGCGUGUGUACCAUGAUGCAAGUGGUAAUCUGCAAUCUUUCUUACCUCAUAUGAUAGCCCAGCAACAAUAUGUUGGAAGGCGAGCGUUUAAAAAAUAAUUUGAUAUAAGUUUCUCAGGAACGUUAUGUUAUCUCUUCCCCUAGUGUUCCGUAUUAAUUAAUUUCUUUAGUCCCCUUUUCCUGUGUUUAAUAACAUUGAUAUCGAACGAAUCGUGUGAAACGUUACAUUUGUUAUUAGCAUCGAAUUGUGGCGAUAGAAGUUGUAAAAAAGCUAAGGAGCUUCUCAUCGUGGUAUAAGAGUCGAAAUUAUUCAAAAAGCAUAUAAAUUCUGGAACGAUCGAAUUUAGAAAGAGAAAGAAGGCAAGAAAGAAUUUUGAAACAAGUGUAAUGAAACGUGACGAAGUCGUUGUCAAAACUCUAGGGAAAACGGAGGUUUCAAGCAACAUAACACAUACAAAUGCUGGUACUUAAUGGACCCGUUAAAAGGCCAUCACAGUGCGUAGAAUUUCUUAGAACACUUCAGGUCAAAAUGUGUUUUAUAAUUACGAGUGAUGUUUAUAAAGGACAGUUUUUAAGAUUGUGUAUAUCUCGUUAUAUGUUAUAUCGCUUGAUACUGACAUCUGACUCCAGUUUACUAAUUAUUGGUAGAGACGAAGAGUGAACGAUAGAGUGCAAGAGAUGCGAGAAGGAAGAAUACGUGUAUAGUUCAAAGGUACGCGUUACUUCAUAAGUUACAUAUACUACCAGUUGAAAAUAUGAGACUCAAACUGUACAUUAUGCCUAGACUCUAUAUCCUGUCUUCAAUGAUAUAAUUCUUCGAAAGGGAACGACCUGCAAGUGCUUUAGAAUUCUUGAUCUGCUUCUUCGUAAUUUUAUAAAUCGAACACUUCUUGGUCCUAAUGGAUUUUGAAAUAUUUAUAAAAUACAACUCUGAGAAGUAACUACUUUUUACAUAUUAAAAGAUCCCAUCAGAACACAUAUUUUAACGUUUUCAAUAUUUAAAUAAAGUACCUGAAAUGUAUACCAAGCUAAUUUGCCGUUAUAAAGCAAUAAUUAAAUGUUCAUUAAAGGUUAAUAUUUAGGAUAUUAAUUGAUGUGACGUUUCAUUUUUACCCUUGUACCAUAAAGUAUGACAAUAAUUCGAUUUAACAAUAAUUCGACUUAAAGUCACAUGUUUUCAGCUGGCGAGGUAUUUAUGCGCCGGCGCGGCAAGCGCGGGCUAUUUGAACUUGGAUUUAUUUUACAUAAACAUGUAAAUUAUUCCUACUAUGUUAAUAUUAUAUUGUUCGCCUGUUUUAAUGGCGAGAUAGGUCUUCCUUGUAACGUGAUAGAGAAAUUUUUCAAAAAUAAAGAAAUUUCAUAAAA